UAGUGCUUUACCCUGUCAUAGUCUUAACCGAUAAGGGGAGGAGACGACCGUAAAACCCCGGAGAGGAGCAGCGAUGGCGACGAGGGUGUGGGCGGCGUCGGCGGCGGCCAUAAACCCCACUCUCCUGCCCCUCUCGUCUUCCCCACGUCCGAGCAGGCCCGCCCCCUCCACGCGGCCGCCCGGGCACCUCCGCCUGCGCAGCCGCCCGCCGCUGCCGGCCAGGGUCGUGUGCCGCCGCGCCAAGAACGCCGCCUUCGAGGACUACAAGUUCCCGGACCCCAUCCCCGAGUUCGCCGAGCAGGAGACGAGCAAGUUCAGGGAGCACAUGACGUGGCGGCUGGAGCAGAAGAAGGAGCAGUACUUCGGGGAGCACGUGGAGGACAUCGUCGACGUCUGCACCGAGGUCUUGGGCACGUUCUUGCAACAUGAGUACUGCGGACCCGGGACGCUCCUGGUUCACCCAUUCUUGGACAUGAAGGGCGAGAUCAAAGAGAGGGGCCUCCCCGGCGCGCCUCAGGCCGCGCGCGCCGCCAUCGCGUGGGCUGAGAAGAACAUCGACAAGGAUUGGAAGGAGUGGACCGGAGAUUAUUAGCGCUGAUUUCCUUUUGUCUCUGCUGUAGCAGCUGUUUGUUGUACCUGUAGUAGUAGUCUCGAUGUUUCAGUAGAGACUUGAAUCUAGCUAUAGAUUCUAGAGUAGUCAUGUUAAUCCGAUCUGGAGCCCGUGAAACGCAUGAAGUUAAUUUAUGCUCUGAACUUGAUGAA